CCCAACAUUCGUUUAUAUAAAGGCUGGGAACCGGCCUUCCUCUUUCAAUUCUUUGUUUCUUUCACUUAAGAUGUCUACCGAUAAGAUCACCGUUGUUACCAACUGGCACGCUAUUCCCUACCAUCUUCCCUUGUACCUUGCCGACAAGCUCAACUACUUUGUUGAAGAAGGUAUCAAGGUAGCCAUCCUGGAGCCCAAUAACCCAUCUGAUGUCACCGAAAUUGUUGGCAGUGGUAAAUCCGACCUCGCUUUGAAGGCCAUGAUCCAUACCAUUGCUGCCAAGGCACGCGGUUUUCCCGUCAAGUCCAUCGGUACUCUUUUGGACGAGCCCUUCACUGGCGUGGUCUAUUUGCGCUCCAAGAGCGGCAUCACCAACGAUUUCCAAAGCUUGCGCGGUAAGCGCAUUGGCUACGUUGGCGAGUUUGGCAAGAUCCAGUUGGACGAAUUGACGCGUCAAUAUGGUAUGACCCCCGAGGACUACACUGCUGUCCGUGUUGGUAUGAACGUCACCGGUGCCAUCAUCCGUGGCGAAAUCGAUGCUGGUAUUGGUCUUGAAAACGUUCAAAUGGUCGAACUGGAAGAAUGGUCCGUUGCACAAGGCCGUCCUGCUGAUGAUGUGGCCAUGCUUCGCAUUGAUGAGCUUGCUCACUUGGGAUGUUGCUGCUUCUGCUCGAUCCUCUUCAUAGGCAACGAAACCUUCAUCAACAAUAACCCUGAAAAGGUCAAGGCUUUCAUGAAGGCCAUCAAGCGCGCUGCUGACUUUAUGUUUGAGGAUCCUGUCAAGGCUUACCAACUCUUUGUUGAAGUGAAGCCCCACAUGGACAGCAUUGUCAACCGCAAGAUCUUCCAGCGCUCGUUCCGUUACUUCUCGCGCGAUUUCAAGAACGUGCAGCGUGACUGGAACAAGGUAACCAACUACUGCAAGCGUUUGGGUAUCGUCGAUGAAACUUUUGAGCAAAACCAGACCAACGACUUCUUGUCGUGGCCCUUGUUGCCUGAAUCAACUCCUGGUGUCGAACCCGCAACUGUAGAUACUGGCGUAGUCAGCUGUGGUUGUCGUAGCAGCCAUCCUCAAGGCCCCGCUCCCGAUGUCAUCUCUGUUAAGGCUUAACACACGUAAGUUGUAUGUAGGAGCUCUUCAAGACUUGCUGAAUAGCGGAAAAUGUCCAUGUACCAUACUUUUGGCUCUGUGUGCCAGCGGUGUGUAACGUGUGUGUGCGUAAAUUUACUGGGAUAUACUAACAAGCUGUUUACCGGGUUCCCGAUACAAAUCUAUCUUUGAUUUGGUUGGGAAUGUUUUUUGCUAUUAUAGUGGUCGAACCUAGGGGUGCUCGAGUUUAUCUUGGGCUGAGAUUAUUACCCUCAGAACCUGAUCAGGUUAAUACCUGCGCUAGGGAAGAGUUCGACCAUACUUUAGCUAGUGCUGAAAUAAAGAUGUUUCUUUAAAAGACCA